CAGUGUGUUGAUUCACAUGGUCCUCUGUGUGGUCGCUGCUGUCAGUGUCAGAAGAGUUUAUGCAUAAGUUUAUAGGUAAAAUAGUGCAGUUAAUGCUCAAACCAGAAGACCAAAUCCUGUCUGUGUGCUCCACAUGAUGGAAGUGAGCCAACCUGUGAGUGUUGUCCCUGGUGAUGAAGGGAAAGAAAAGUUCAAGAAGAGUGAAAAUGUUGCUUUUUACAGGCGACAGAUCGAGGGACCAGACUUGCAGCACAGAGCUCUUUUGGACACCAUGGUGCUCACGGAGAAGGGGGCACGGUUUGAACUGUUGGAACCUGAAACAACGACCAGACUGCUUCUUUCUGUGUCGCCUUGCAAAAAUGACACAGUGAGGAUAUUAAUAGACGAACUGCAGCCCAUCAAAGCACGCUACCGAGUUCCAGAUGUGAUAACGGGGGAACAGCAGUGUGAACAGUUGAGAGUUCAGAGACAGUCUAAGGACUCUGUCACCCUUUCGUGGUCUUCAGGACGUCACCAGCUUUGCGUUUGGCAUUUCCCUUUCCGACUGGAGAUCCUGUGUGAAGAACAAGUGAUCGUAACAUUCAACUCCAAAGGAAAACUGUGGUUUGAGACGCUGCAGGAUCCACCCAGGUGAGGAUCUCAUGGUACAGUUCUUCGAGAGGACCACACAGGUUUAUUAUGGAAAGAGACUUUCAGGCAGUUUGUGGAUGUCAAAGCUAAUGGUCCCACUAGCAUUGGGUCUGACCUCUGUCUCCACGGGUUCAGUCAUGUGUACGGUCUGCCAGAGCACGCUGACGGCCUUCAGCUCAGUGACACCAGAGAUGGUGAUGCUUAUCGUCUGUAUAACUUGGAUGUCUUUGCGUACGACGUGUACAGCCGCCUCGGUCUGUACGGAUCUGUGCCGCUGUUGGUGGCUCACAAAGCAGACAGGACUUUGGGUGUAUUCUGGCUGAAUGCAUCGGAGACGUUUGUGAACGUUCAUUACAGCCCGUCUGACCAUCAGGACGGCCAAACUCCCCCAGUGAAGAGGAAGCGGAUGGAGCAGACUGACGUCCACUGGCUGUCAGAAAGUGGUGUGAUUGACUGCGUGGUUCUGCUCGGGCCCGGUCCACAGCAGCUGUUCUCCCAGUACGCUCAGCUGACAGGAUAUCAAGCCCUGCCCCCCUUGUUUGCACUCGGGUACCACCAGUGCCGCUGGAACUACAACGAUGAGGCUGAUGUGAAGGCUGUAGAUGCUGGAUUUGAUCGCCACGACAUCCCGUACGACGUCAUCUGGCUGGAUAUUGAGCACACAGAAGGGAAGCGUUACUUCACCUGGGACUCCGCGCUUUUCCCAGACCCAGCCGGCCUGCAGCGCCACCUAGAGAAGAAGAAGAGGAAGUUGGUUGUGAUAAGUGAUCCCCACAUCAAGGUCGACCCUGAUUGGUCGUUGUUCUGUGAGGCCAGAGACGGAGCGCAUUUCGUCAAGAACAGAGAGGGGCGGAUCUAUAAGGGCUCAUGUUGGCCUGAUGAGUCCUGUUAUCUCGACUUCAGCAGUCCAGACACUCGAGCAUGGUAUUCCAGAUGUUUCGGCCUGGAUAAGUACAAGGGAUCGACGCCGUCCUUAUUUGUGUGGAAUGACAUGAAUGAACCGUCCGUGUUCAACGGGCCAGAGCAGACGAUGCCGAAGGACGCAGUGCAUUAUGGGGGCUGGGAACACCGGGAAUUACACAACCUGUACGGCUUCUAUCAGCACAUGGCCACAGCAGAGGGUCUGAUAACUCGCUCAGGAGGCUCAGAGAGACCGUUUGUCCUUUCACGCUCCUUCUUUGCUGGGUCACAGAGACUCGGAGCGGUGUGGACAGGUGACAACGUGGCCAGCUGGGAGUAUCUGAGUAUCUCGAUUCCCAUGCUUUUGUCUCUGAGUGUUACAGGCAUCGUAUUUUGUGGAGCCGAUGUCGGCGGGUUUGUUCAGGAUCCGGAGCCUGAGUUGCUGGUGCGCUGGUACCAGGCGGCCGCCCUGCAGCCGUUUUUCAGAGGUCACUCUGCAAAGUGGACGAAGCGCCGGGAGCCCUGGCUGUUCGGAGAGGAAGUCACCUCUGCAAUCCGCACUGUGAUCCAACAGAGGUACUGUUUGCUGCCUUACUGGUACACUCUGUUCCACCUGGCUCACACCUCUGGUCUGCCUCCACUCAGACCUCUGUGGGUGGAGUUUCCAGGAGAACAGAGCACCUUCACUGUGGACAACCAGUAUAUGAUUGGAGGAGCUCUGCUGGCCAGUCCUGUAACCGACCCGCGUGUUCAAGAAGUUCAAAUCCUACUUCCUGGAUCUGGUGAGGUUUGGUAUGACGUCCACUCUGCAAAGGAGCAUAAAGGAGGCAGGACUCUGAGUCUUCCAGUCACGCUGCACACAGUUCCUGUGUUCCAGCGCGGCGGCUCGGUGGUCUGCAGGUCAACAGGAAGUGGCUCCUGUACAGCCGAACAGCAGCAGCUCCCCCUCUCCAUCACCGUGGCCCUCGACUCUCAGGGAGUCGCUGAUGGUGAGUUGUACCUGGACGACGGCCACUCCUUCAGCUACCGGGACAGAAAGGCCUUCUGUCUGCGCAGGUUCAGCAUGCUGUCAGGCCGUCUGCUCUGCCGUCCUGCCAGUGAAGAAGGAACGUUUGACUGUGAUACUGUCGUACAGUCCGUCAUCGUCCUGGGAGUGAAGAGCAAACCGUCCAGCGUGGUGGUGCAUGAGUCAGGUGCUGAAGACGCCUCCGCUGCGUUUGAACACACGGAGAGCUGCUGCACGCUGACGGUGAACAACCUGGAGCUCAGAGUGACGACGGACUGGGAGAUACAGAUACAAGAAGGUUAACUGUGAAUGAAUCACGAACUCUCACUCCUCUGGAUUCUUAUUCAUGUGAGGUAAACUUUGUCAGAAUAUUUUUUAUAUAAUGUAUAUAUAUAAAACAAGCAAAAAGGGACAACAUGCACCUCUCCAUAAUGUUUUAAUUAUUUUAAUUGUAUUGAACUUCAGAUUUCCUUUUUGAAUAAAAUGAACAAAUCCCUCCAUUGACUUCUGCUUCAUCGAGGACUGUACUUCUUUUAAUUGUUAUUUCCCAAGAUAUCAAGAUUGGUUAUUGAUAAU